AUGGAAUAUCAUUUUAAUUGGCUUCUAAAAUACACGAUAUGUGUGACUCACAACAGGAGGACUGUGCCAUAUGGACUGUCUAACUACAGAGGCAGCUUUAGAGGCAAAAGGUCUACAGGCCAGAGUCAAAGUACUUCCCAGUCUUCAUUUCGAUGUUCCUGUUUGGAUGCUCAGGAUGAACAGUGUUUGCAGUUUUGCAGAAGAGUGCAAGACAGAAGAAGCUUUAACAUUUAUUUGCUGGAGCUCAGAAACAAGAACUUAAACUACAACUCUCCCUUGAGAUGGACAAACUUGAUGCUUCAGUGUGAUGCCAGUGGAGAAUUGAGGAUGCACCACUUCCAUUUCAGCAGUGCCACUCUGAGGGCACCUGAACCUGCAUGAGGAAGCUUUGUCCCGUGUUCCCCCCGUGAGAGUCUCAGUAAAGGAUAAUCUUUAUCAUGGAACUGGCAGGGAAUGUAUCACUAGUGAAGAAAACUUCAAAGGCAGAUCCAAACUUCAGCAAUGCACAGUUUCAGGGAGCAUUGUUUUCCUCUGUGAUUUCAAAGAGUACAAUAGAAACAUACUGUUCCACUUUGUGUCUGAGGAAUCCAUCCACAGCUUUAUGCAGGCAACUGUAAUUGGAGAAUGUGGUGAGCUAGAGAGAGAUUGCCUCUACAUGAGUUCUCAUUCAGAAUAAACAGAUGCAAAAUAUUUCUCUUGUUAAUGUAUGCAAGCCUGAAUCAUCAUAUUGUAACUUCGUGGCAGAUGUUUAAAUGACAGUAUCUAUGCAGAAUAAAUAUGAAUGGCUAAUAUAAAUAUUAUUAUAAACUAUAGCAAGUUAAGAGUAUGCAUUGAGUAUUCAAUAGAUUACCUAAUUUAGGCACAAAUUAUUCCUGCACUUCAAAGUUCCAUUCAAAAACACAGUGAUUAUUUAAGGAUGCACUGUAGUUGGUGAACAGAACUUUAAUUAUUCAGCCCCAAGAAUUUUCCUAAAGCUGCAAAGGUAGGACUGUGGAACUUCAAAUGAAGCUUCAUACAAUCAGAGUAACUCAGAUUUGCUGUUCUAAGCCCCUGCCCACGUUACCAUCCACGGCACAUACAUUUGUCUCUGUUAGUACUACAAAUCACAUGUUUAUCUUCAUUGAAACAUCAUCAGUGAAUAACUUGAAAACUUGGCAAUAAGGAUUAAAUCCAACCCUGGACAUUUUUCAAUGUAAAUGAUGCCUUCAGAAAUUAUGGACUUCUUUUUGCUACGAGGAUGCAAGAGUAAGCAAGGAAAAAAGAGUAACUUUUGCAAACCCUGUUCUAUAUUAUUUAAGAAGAGAGGAAAUCCCUUACUUGUGACAAAUUUUUUUUGGGUUGACUGACUUUCAUGCAGACUUUCCCCAGGGCACAUAGGUUAAACUAUAACCCCAUGACAAUAAAUUAUAUUUUAUAAGAAGAAAGAUGGAGACCAAAAGAAAAGUGAAAAGAAAUCAACAGUACAAAUGUUUAUAUAGGGCUUAAACCAGUGGUAAUAGAUUUUCUUUGAAACAAGAAAGGGAGCUCUUUGCCAAAACAUAUGAUAUAUUUUAUAUA